AUGUUCACACUCCAUUUCUCCGUUUCUGUCCCUUUCCCCAUAUUUGACGACCAAUUUGUUUUUGUGACUGGUUCCCAUGAAAGCCUUGGAUCUUGGGAUACUCGUAGAGCUUUGCGUUUGGAAAAAGAUGAUGAAAACCAUUGGACUGGUAUAACAAAUUUGAGCGUGGAUACAGUCAAAUUCCGUUAUUUUAUUGGCAAUUAUUUGCAGUCGGAUGCGACAAAGGACCCAGUACUGGUUAUUUCUAAAUGGGAAGCGCAUUUUACACCUCGGUGUGUAAUGCCACCAGUUGAAGCAAGCAAAAGUGGCGUUUGCCGUGCCAAUCUACGCGAUGUUUUUGGGUACAAUUCGGGGAGUGAACAAAUAAGUGACAGCUUUGUUUUGGGGGAUGAUGUUCAUCAUAUUGCUUUAACUGUUUCUGGUGCUGCUCUAAAAUUUUAUAAGAAAAAGCAUGAGCUACAAAAUUAUCGGGUCAAAAUUGUGCCUUUUGACCUCAGGAAUAAAUUUGACAUGACCAACCUCGACGACGAUGAAGAACUCAAUGCUGAAGAUGAAACUCCGUUGCCGUCAUUGCCUAGCCAUUCCUGCACAGAGAUUGCCGCAUUGACACAAGCCUGCCCAAAAUUUAAAGCUCAGCAAGAGUUUGGCGAACUUUUUCAAAAUUCUAUCGACUACCACACUUUUCGCACUUACUCUGUUGCUGUCGAAUUUUUGAGUUUUCGUAUCGAAGUUUACUCCAACCAAAACAACGAUUUGAUAGCUCAGGGAUAUGCUUUGCCUUCCUCCCUUCACGAUACUUAUGGGAAGACUUCUGUUCCUUUGCUCACAAAACGAGGGGUGCCUACUGGGAAGAUUUACUUCAGUUAUCUGUUUAUUCGGCCUAUCCGUUUACCACAUCCACGCCCUAUCAUGCACAAUUGCUAUGCAAAGUAUUGGAAGAAACGAGUAACCUUGGAAGUUGGACAUCGAGGAAUGGGCGAAUCCUAUACAAAGUUCGCCGUCGCCCGCGAAAACACACUUCAUUCGCUCAAUUCAGCAGCCAAAAGGGGUGCAGAUUUUGUAGAAUUUGAUGUUCAUUUAACCAAAGAUUUAAUCCCUAUUGUAUAUCACGAUUUUCACGUAAUGGUUUCUGUCGCCAAAAAACGAACAAAUACAGAAAGCAGCAAUAGUAGUAGUAUAGAUUCUGAUGGGAGAAUUAAAAGCAAUAAUGGGUCUGUUUCUCCCCCUAAUUCUACAACAACAACGAAUUCACCUUCUGUGGAUUUUUAUCAAUUGGCAGUUAAAGAUUUAAAUUUGAAUCAGUUGAGACUGUUACAUCUUGAUCAUGUUAAACAUAAAGAGUCGAGCAAUGUUGACCAAACAAUGAAUGGCGCUUCAGCACAAAAAUAUUCUUCCCAUCAUGUUACGGGUGAACAUGACGAAGCUGAGGAACACAGGCCUUUCCCAACAUUGUUGGAGGCGUUAAAGAAUGUUUCACAUGAUGUUGGGUUUAAUAUUGAGAUAAAAUACCCUCAAUUAAUUGUUUCUGGAGAAAAUGAAGUUGAAGGUGGAUAUAUUGAACGCAACGAAUUUCUGGACAUUAUCCUCUCUGAAAUUUUAAACAAUGCGGACAAUAAUAGACAUAUAGUUUUUUCGUCGUUUGAUGCUGAUAUGUGCAAAAUGAUUUCUGAAAAGCAAAAGAAAUAUCCAGUGCUAUUUUUAUGCCUUGGCAAGCAAACACGUUACCCUGAUUAUGAAGAUGAAAGGACACGUUCAUCCCUGACCGCUGUGAAAUUUACUUAUUCUUGUGGGCUUAUGGGCGUCAACUUCCACAGCGAAGAUCUUCUACUCGACCCAACACCAGUUUCUAAAGCUAAAGAGCUUGGACUAAUCUCCUUCGUUUGGGGAGAUGAAUUGGUUGAGAGGAAAUAUUUGGACUAUUUUAAAUACAAAGUUGGGGUUGAAGGAAUUAUUUAUGAUCGGUUUGAGAAUUUUAGUGAAAAAAUAAUUUUUUAA